AUGGCCCUCAGUCUUUUGCCCACUCCGACUGAGCUGGCUGGGCUGGGUGAUUUGGCUGCCAUUCGGCUAUGGACAGGUCUAGGUGAAGACGUGUGGGAUGCGGCCAGUCGAGACCUUGGUGGCAUUCCAAAUGUGCGCAUGUUCGCUUUUGUUCCUGCAGACACCUUCCGUGAUAUGCUUGCUCGCGUGCGGAUUCCAGUCCGUGCCUCUGGCUCCGGGGCCCCUCCUGCCCCUCGUGAAUGCAGUGCGAUCGAACUGGUCCAAUUGGCGGUGAUGUGGCGUGUGGCACGGCAAGCAUAUGGUUUACCUGAUUGGGACAUUCUUUCACCAACACCACCUGCACAUGUGACAGCUGCAGCUGGGACGACCACAGCGGGAGAAGAGAAGAACAGCCUGGACUCUUCCUUUGCAGAGACAGAGGAUGAGUUCGGGGCUGUCGAUGUGCAUGACAAUGAUGUGAAUUCAGAUCGAGAUGACUUUAGUCCUGAUGAACAGUGGAAAGAGACGCGGCUCAGAAAGUUUGUCUUUGGUGAGUUCUUUGCAGGCAUGGGCGGCUUCUCUACGGCAGUCCUGGACAUAUGUGAAACACAUGUAAAGCUCGGGAGCCUGGAGAGGCUAGACGCCUACGACCAGAGUUGGGACAUUUUAAAUGACGAGGACUAUGUCAAGGCAAAAGAGUUGUGUAACACUGAGUUGGACCACGGCCACUUUGCUCCGCCAUGUCGGACAUUGACAGAGGCUCGCAGGACGGACAAACAUGGAUUUGUUCCCAUACUUCGUUCUGCAAGCAAGCCUGAAGGUUGGGGUGAUGAGCAAACCAAAGAGGCCAAUGAGAUAGUUGCACGAACGGUGGUAUUAUGCCUCAUGUUACAUUCCCGCGGAAAGACGUUUUCAGUGGAAAAUCCCUUUGGAUCCUUUCUGUGGCUGCUCAAAGUGAUGCAAAAGCUGAUGAGGUUGGCGGGAGCCGAAUUAGUGAUGCUGCACCAAUGUUGUUAUGGCGCCUCCACUCCAAAGCCAACUGGAAUCUUGACCACCUCACCGUGGAUGAAAACGGUGCGGAAGCUCUGCUUUGAAGUAAGACCUCAUCACCAUUUGAAAGAAGGUCUGGUGGGAAAGGUUUGGAGUUACUUGGAGGACAAGGUAGUGUGGCGAUCUUCUUUGGCCGCCGAAUAUCCUUGUGGCUUGUGCGUUGCUUGGGCAAAUGCAUUGAAACGUUGGUUGUGCUCAGCAGAAGGGUUAGAAUGGAUGAAAGCGCAUAGCAUGGCUCUUCGAGGACGCUGGCUGAAUCAGUUAGUUCGAGGGGACAGUGUACCAGAAAAAGAUGUGGCCACUAGGGCAGUGCAGUCGCAGCGUGAAGUUCGUGAAGAAGAAAACAGCAGAGCUAUAGGAGGUCUUCGUGAUGCCAGAAAAGCAGUGCAAAAGUCUUCUUCGUUGAGACAGACCGGACGGAGGAUUCGCCGUGCUUUGGAGAAAGUCCGAAAUGAGUCAGACUUGGAAGCGUGGGAGCGCUCAGUUACAAAUGGCAUCUCGGAGACGCUGGUCAGUUCCUUUCAGGAAGAACUGGCUAAAGAAUUUAGGGUGCAAAUCGAACAGUCAGCUGGAUUCAAAGUCUCACUAUGGCGUGCCUUGUUAAGAAAUGCCAACGACUGUGAAGCUGGCAUCUUGCCAUGUUGGAUGGAGAGUGGCUUUCCUUUAGGCAUUGAAGAAGAAAUAAAGCCAUCUGGAGUAUUUCCAUUGACCACGGAGGACUCAGCUGCAGUGGAGGCUUCCAGGUUGGAAGGAAAGUGGAUGGAUGACCAAGAUGGCCUGCAUCGCAACUAUACCAGUUUCGAAGAUGCCGGCGUGAAGGCGCAGAAUAUUUUGGAGGAGAUGGUUGCAAUUGGCCGAGCCCAGAAACUGGCAAGUUGGCAAGAAGUCCAAAGUCGUUUUGGUUGCAAGGCCCGUUUGACGAAGCUAGCCUGCAUCAUCAAAGCAAAGCCGGAUGGUUCUGAGAAGGUGCGGUUAGUGGUGGAUUCCAGACGGAGUGGCGUCAACGGGCUGACAAAGCUUCACGAGCGCGUUGUGCUUCCUCGCGCCACUGACAUUGGUAAGACUUGGAAGAGACUGCAAGAUGAAACUGGCGGCUGGAAAGAGGCUGAGUUGUUUUCUGCUGAUUUUGCAAAUGCUUUCAACAUGUUGCAGCUAUGUCAAAGUGAAAGGCCAUAUGUCAUCGUCAAAGGGCAUGAAACCCCUCACGAACCUGCCGCCUUCUUUUGUUUCAGUGCUGUCAUGUUUGGACUGGCUCCGGGACCUUUGUUGUGGGGCAGAGUUGCAGCAGCAGCAAUGAGGCUCGCACAAGCUGCAAUCACGCACGGUGAAGCCGAGGUAUCGACUUUUGUGGAUGAUCCCUUGGUAGUGGCCUUUGGCAGUAGUCAAAGAGAGCGCACUUGGCUAUUCGCUUGUUACAGUUUAGUUUGGCGGGCUUUGGGGCUGGAAAUGUCAUGGAACAAAGCGCAGCGAGGUCUCAUGGUUGACUGGAUCGGCUUUAGCUUCUCCCUUCAGUCGGCUGGGCAAGAAAGAAGACUGAGUGUGCAGCUUAUGAAGGCAAAGCAAGCAAAGCUCGUACAAGUGCUGAACGAUCUGCUGCAAUGCAAGGGCGUGCUCCCUCUGAAGUCUUUGCAGCUUGCUGUAGGAAUUCUGGGUUGGGUCACGUCAGCACUUCCUUUGGCGCGACCUUUUGUGGCAAUGAUAUGGGCUGCAAUUUUGCAACAAAGAAAACCAGUGUAUUCGUCCACACGUGUUCGGAAGGGCCUCAUUUUCUGCAGACAAGUUGAGCACGCUUUGACUUGGUUGAAGGCAUUAGUGUCGGCAUGCACACCUGACGGGUCCACUAUGCAGAAAGUGUACCGUUGGCACCCCACUCCUUGGACCAUACUGAUCCAAUGUGAUGCUUGCCCCACCGGUAUGGGUGGAUUUGUUGCCAUUGCAGGAAAGAUUGAGGCUUUCUGGUACGAUUCUGUAACAUGUACCGACGAAGAGCUCCUGGGCUGCAAGCGGGGCGACCCUAGUCACCAGUCUGAGUUGGAGCUGCUCACGGUUCUCGUUUCAGUUAAAGCUUUUCAAGCCUUUGUGAUGUCUCCGGCGGGGCCGGCAAACGUGCUCCUCCGUGUAGACAACACGGCUACCUUGGCUGCAGCUUUGGACCUUCGUGGAAAGAGUCCCAUUAUGGCUCAGCUGGCUGCAGAAUUAGCCAUGGAACUUGAGCACUUGGGAGUGCCUUUCAUAUGGGGCCAACAUGUGCCAGGUGUGAUGAACGACAUCGCAGACCGGUUGAGUCGCAUGAACACCGAGCAGAGACUCCCUCUUGAGUUGGCACGGGCAAAGCAGGUGCUGGUGCCGAUUCGAGACCGAUCGUACUACAGAAGCUGGCCGCCAGUGUCUCAAAACAUGUCUUGUGCGCUCCGAAGGGGGCCCGUCGUCAUGUUUGUGCAUUUGACUUGUGAGACACGAACGUGCUUGGCUGAUGGCUGGGUAUGA